AUGUUUGUUCAACCACAAGAAAAAUUUUCAAAUAAAAUUUUCGAAAUAACCACCAACCAUAACUUUAAUGCGAUGCCGGCGCCAGAGAACGCAACGUCUCCUACAUCGCCUUUUUCUUUUGUUCCUUCUACAAUUUUAGAAGGGGAUGUAGCUUCUGUUAAUUCUUUCAAGUCAACGGAUACCAACUAUACCGGAGAUCAAGAAAGUUUAGCUUCCGACUUUGCAGUAAGGGAAAAUGAUCUGCAAGGAAUAAUAAAAAUCCUUUGUGAGCUUGAUGGUGGUCUGAGUAUAGCAUUAGAAAGAGUAAAACAGGAUGAAGUGGCCACUUUUUUGAGAAAAAGAGCCGCAAUAGAAGAAGAGUACGGUAAAAUGAUGAUGAAAUUAGCAAAGAAUUUACAAGAAAGUCAUCAUACUAAUGAUACGAAACAGGGAUCAUAUGGUGACAGUUGGUUAAGCAUAUUAAAAAUACACGAAAACAUAGGAGAAAAUAGGGUUAAACUUGCAUCCGCGAUUCAAGAAAUAUCUGAAGAUGUAACUGUCCUUUAUAAGGACAUAGAUAAAGCCAGAAAAAAUCUUAAAGAUUCCGGGCAAAAAUAUGAAAAAGCAAUUCAAGAUUCAGAAACAUCCUUAGAAAAGGCUAAAGGGAAAUACGAUUCAUAUAGUGAAGAUUGGGAACGUACUAUUUUACAAAAGCAUGGAGAUUCUCCUACUACUUCAAAACCAAAGACUUUGCCAAAAUCAAUAUUUUCUAAACAACCAAAGACCCCAACACAGUUAGUUAAAAUGGAAGAAGAUGCUAGAAAUAAAGCCGAAGCUGCAAAUGCAACAUAUAAACAACAGCUAAUAGCUGCAAAUACAGCACGCCAUGACUAUUAUGACGUACAACUACCCAGCAUAAUUACGACCCUCAAAGAAACUGCCGAUGAAUGUGACGUAGGUCUUCAAUAUCAUUUGGCGCGAUAUUCUUACUUAUUUGAAAAUACUAUUGUAUGCGACGGUUUGCUUAUAAACCCAAUCAAUGACGAAGAUGGUCCUGCUUUACGUAAAACCGUGGAAAAAAUCAGUAAUGACGAAGAUUUUUACAAUUAUGUGAAAUCUCAUGACGUUAUGACAAGAAAGACAAAAAAAUCUGAUAUUCCAUAUGAUCAAUAUAAUUUGUCUACACAAGCUGUCAACAUCAUAAACCCAAAGAAUAUUUUUGGCGUGGAUUUAGCUGAGCAAAUGCAAAGAGAUGGUCAUGAAGUUCCAUUAAUACUGGUUAAAUGUUGCGAAGCGAUUGAACAAUGUGGAGGAUUGCAAAGCCAAGGUCUUUAUCGUAUUUCAGGAGUAACGUCUCAUGUUCAAAGAUUGCGGACGCUGUUUGAUAGAAAUGCGGACACGUUUGAUCUUAAUGCGGAAGAAAAUCUUGACGUGAAUGAUAUCACUAGCGUUUUAAAAUUAUGGUUUCGUGAACUACCCGAUCCACUCUUUACAAGGGAUAUGUAUCAAGAUUUUAUUAAUGCUGCAAAAAAUCCCGACGAUAGAAGACGUGUCCUUGAGCUCCAUGACCGUGUUAAUCAUCUUCCGGACGCAAAUUAUAUAAAAAAUCAAGAAUAUAAUAAAAUGAAUGUACAAAAUCUUGGUAUAGUUUUUGGUCCUACGUUAAUGGGAAGUCCAGUUGUAGGGGUUUCAAAUUCUACACCAGGUAUUUCGGGUCCAGUAUUAUUACAAAGUGAUGGAGCAGGACUCAAUGAUAUGAGUUGGCAAUGUAAAGUUGUAGAAACAAUCUUAAUGAAUUAUCGUUCUAUUUUUGUUAUGGAAUAA